AUGCAAAACACCAAUCACAGCACAUGGCCAGUGUUGUUGGUGAACUAUAACACGCCUCCGACUAUGUGUAUGAAGGCUGAGAAUAUAAUGUUGACUUUGUUGAUCCCUGGUCCAACAGUUCCUGGUAAUAACGUAGAUGUUUACUUGGCUCCACUGAUAGACGAUCUAAAAGAUUUGUGGGCUGAGGGUAUUGAAGUCUAUGACUCAUUUGCGAAGGAGAAUUUCACACUUAGAGCCAUGCUGCUUUGGAGUAUCAGUGACUAUCCAGACUUAGGAACAUUGUCUGGAUGUAAAGUGAAGGGGAAACAAGCCUGCAAUGUAUGUGGAAAGGAUACACCUUCCAGAUGGCUUAAGUGUAGCCGUAAGUUUGUCUAUAUGGGGAACAGAAAGAGACUGCCGCCGGGCCAUCGUUACAGAUAUAAAAAAGCUUGGUUUGACAACACUGUUGAGGAAGGGAAUGCCAAAAGGAUACAAACUGGCUAUGAAAUAUAUCAGACACUACAAGCUUUUAGGAAUGAUUUUGGAAAACCUCUAGACAAGGAAAAUAAAAGAAAAAGAGCUGGUUGGAAGAUGAUGAGGUGGUUCAAGAAGAAGAGUGUGAAGAAUCGAAUGAUCUAUGGCGGUGGAAGAAGAGAUCAAUAUUCUUUGAACUACCUUACUGGAAGUGCUAAGUCAAAGGAUGGUUUGAAAGCAAGAAAAGAAUUAGAAGAUAUUGGAAUCAGAAAUCACUUGCACACAGAGGUCAGGGGAAAGAAAACAUACUUACCUCCAGCAGCCUAUUGGUUAUCCAAGAAAGAGAAGACCAUUUUCUGCCAAAGGUUAUCUAAGUUUAGAGGUCCUGAUGGUUAUUGUGGAAAUAUUGCGAAUAGUGUUUCAGUUAACCCUCCAAAUAUAGGUAGUUUAAAGUCGCAUGAUCAUCAUGUCCUAGUCCAGAACUUGUUACCGGCUGCAUUAAGAGGGUUGCUACAUAAGGGUCCUAGGAUUGCCAUAAGUAGAUUAUGCAGUUACUUCAACAGGUUGUGUCAGCGCAUCAUCGACCCGGAGAAACUUAUGACAAUGGAGACAGAGUUUGUGGAAACAAUGUGUCAACUGGAGCGCUUCUUCCCUCCAUCCCUUUUUGAUAUCAUGUUCCACCUUCCAAUACAUCUAUCAAAAGAGGCACGUUUGGGAGGACCAGUCCACUUCCGCUGGAUGUAUCCCUUCGAAAGGUACAUGAAAACACUUAAGGCUUUUGUUAAGAAUCAUGCAAGGCCAGAAGCAUGUAUGGCUGAGGGGUAUUUAGCUGGAGAAUGUGUUGCAUUUUGUUUAGAGUUCCUUAAAGAUUCAGUACCAGUUCAAGAAACAGUUAACCGCAAUGAAGAUAUUGAGGCUGAUAGAAGCGUGAUUGAAGGUCGACCUCUGCAGAAGGGUAUAGAAGUUACUCUAUCAGAUAAAGAUAGAGACACUGCACAUCGCUAUGUGCUAAUGAACAUGGCAUCUUUGGAUCCUUAUGUCGAGAAGCAUUUGGAAGAAUUACAAGCUAAUGAUGCUGGAUGUGCUAAAAAUGAAACUUUGUUGUGGAAAAACCAUACUGAGCAGUUUGCACAAUGGCUUAAAAUAAAGAUUCAUUCAGACUCAACAAAUAGUCAUUUUAAAGAGAUAAGGUGGUUGGCAUUUGGACCAAGAAAUGUUGCUGUAGCACAUAAAGGAUUUAUCGUUAAUGGGCAACGGUUUCAUACAGAUGCGGUUAAGCGGAAGACACAAAACAGUGGAGUAACUUAUGAAGCAUUUAGCAUGAGUAGAUCAAGUGAUCGAGAUAUGAGACAAGUCGCUGAUAUACUUACAUAUGAUGGAGUGAUAAAGGAGAUUUUACUUAUGGACUAUCACAUGUUCAAAGUGCCGCUGUUUAGAUGCAAUUGGGCCAACACAGGGAAUGGUGUGAAGGAGGAAGAUGGUUUCACUCUUGUCAACCUUCAUAUGAACCAAACAGCCUAUUUGAAAGAUCCAUUCAUUCUACCUUCUCAAGCAAAACAGGUUUUCUACUCUAGGGAAGAUGAUAAUUCAAAUUGGUAUGUUGUUAUGAGAGCACCACUGUUGCGGAGUCAGGUUUUACCAAACUCCUAG